GACGUGCAUCUCGUGGGCCUUGGACACAACUACGGGUGGAUGAAAUCAUGGACGUGGAAGUUGAAGUGGGAUGAUGUGGAAAAGAGGCAAGUGAAGGCCGGGGUGACAACCAGGAAGGCCGACGACUGCGAGAAGAAAUGGGACAACCUCUAUCAGCAGUUCAAACGCGUUCAUAAAUUCAUGGUUUUGUCCGGGAAAGAGAAUUUCUUCACUUUGACGCCUGCGCAAAGGAGGGAGAAAGACUUCGACUUUCGGAUGGAUGAGCGUGUGUACCGGGAGAUGGAGGUCAUGACGAAGGCAGAUCACACCGUCCAUCCAGCCAACCUGGCGGACACGGGAGCGGAGGGGGGUGUCCAGAUGGGCGGUUCUGCGGCCGGAAAGCAGGAGUCGGUGCCUAGCGAGGGGGCUGGAGAGGGGCAGGACGACGAGGCGGGAUUGACGCGGGAUUCAACGUUUACCAGCGGGAGUGGUGGAGGGGCAGGAAAAAGGAAAAAUGUCAGACAACAGACCUUUGAGGCGAUCGCAGACGUCAUGGACAAGCACGGGCAACUGAUGGCGACAACAGUGGACUCUGCGAGCAAACGACAGUGCUCGGUUCUGACGAGGCAGUGUGAUAUUCUCGAGCGGGAGGUGGACAUCCAGAGACAGCACUACGAAAAGGCCGAUCAGGCGAACCUCAUGAUGUGCAACGCUCUGUUAGAGAUUGCGAAAACGAUUCGGGAACGAUCCUGAAGUCAUUUUCGUGUGUACUGCUGGUCUAUUUUUCUUGUCACCCUUGGCUGCAGUUUCGACAAUCGGAUGGAUGUAGCGUCGGGCGGCAACUGGGAAGGAGAGGAGGUGGACGAGGUGUUACAUUCAUGCGGAAUUUGGAGGGCAUGGGAAGGGUACGUGGCCCGACUGCGUGGGUCGGCAUGCAAGAUGGCUAGAGGAACUUUCUAUAUGCCUUCUUGGAGGCUGUGAAACCGCACGUUCAUUGAACGCGGGUUUUCCGUUCAGAAAUUAAACGGAAUGCACGCGCGUUCAAUGAACGGGACCGAACGCA